AUGGGCAUUCACAUGCAGUCGCUCCACUCGGAAUCUGCAUUCCGCAACGAGCUCACGCAAGCCAAGUACAAGGAUCACUUGGUCGUUGUCGACUUUAGCGCCGCGGGCUGCCCGCCGUGCCAGUCGAUGAAGCCGAUCGUGGACGACUUGGCCCACAGCCUUGGCAGCGAGGUCGAGUUUCUCGAGAUUGACGUGCACGACAGCGUCGAAGUCGCUCAAGCGCUCGGUAUUGACGUCGUGCCGGUCUUCCAGUUCUGGCGCAACGGCCGCCGCGUCGAUACGAUGGUCGGCGCCAACCCCGCGCCCUUGAAAGAACUCGUCGCGGCCCUGAAAUAA